AUGCUGGAGUCAGUAACUCAGAGCACAUUUCUGCCAAACACAAUGGUUUGCGAUCCCCUGAUGUCUUCGACAAGAUUAUUUGGGACAUCCGAAGAUGUCUCUACUGCCUGUGAUCAUCCUAAUUCUUUCUGGACAUUUAUCCACACAGAAUACUGGAGUGAGCACAACGUCUGUGAAUGGUUGCAGUUUUGCUGUGAUCAGUACAAAUUAGAUGCCAACUGCAUUUACUUUCCCCACUUUAAUAUCAAUGGCUUGCAGUUAUGCAACAUGACCCAGGAAGAGUUCCUAGAAGCUGCAGGCAUUUGUGGUGAAUUCUUGUAUUUCAUCUUACAGAAUAUCAGGAUGCAUGGUUAGCCUCACAAUCACACACAGACCAGGUAUGUCACUGUGAGCCAGAGGGAGGAAAGACUGCAGGAUACUUUGCCAUGCAUAAGAAGGCAUCUACUAAAUACCUGUCUUCCUCCUGUUCAAGACCUACAGAAUUCUCAUUUGUGGGAAUUUGUAAGGGAUUUGCUCCUUUCUCCUGAAGAAAACAGUGGUAUCCUGAAACGGGAAGACAGGAGACAAGGCAUUUUUCGUAUUGUUAAAUCAGAAGCUCUGGCAAAGAUGUGAGGACAGAGGAAGAAAAAUGACAGAAUGACAUACGAAAAAUUAAGCAGAGCUCUUCGUUACUAUUAUAAAACUGGCAUUUUGGAACGAGUGGACAGAAGGCUGGUGUACAAGUUUGGAAAGCAUGCCCAUGGAUGGCAGGAGAACAAGAUGUGA